GUGGAGACUCUUCUCUUGAUUUCUCAAUUAGGUUUUCCUCCAUCGAUUUGUUCAUGCAGUAACGCGACCAGAUUCUAAAACUAACUUUCUUACCAAGACAGAGGAGAAAUGAAGCCAGGAGGAGGAGCAUUUGCAUUGAAUCCGAACGCAGCAUCAUAUGUACCUCUCUCCAACAGAGCGGGCCAUGCUGAUGUGGAAGGUUUCGUGUUUGCCAACCCCACCACACAAGAGAUAAGUUUUGCAGGCGUCCAAGUGUCCAUGCCGCCUGAGAAAUCAUCUGAGAUAGCGUACAAGCAGAUAAGAGACGAUGAUUUGGAUUUGGAGAUGGAUAUAGACAUGGAUAUUGAGUACCUUCUGGUCACAUUCUCUGGUCUCUCACAAGAGUCUAUCACCGAUGUGUACCUAGCCAAUAGCGGUGACCUUGAAGCAACCAUUGAGAUGCUGACUCAGCUUGAGAUAUACAGCGAUGAAACUCAAGAAAACCUUCCAGAGACGUUGGAUAUCUUUGAAUCAGGCCCUUCAACCUCAAAGGCUUCAGCACAAAAGAAGGCAGCUGCUGAAGUCGUUGCAUCACCUGCACCUGUUAUCCCCAAUGCAACUGUAUCUGCCUGAUCUGAUGAAUCCUUGGUUGUGAAGUUUCUUUAUUUUAUUUAUGUUUGCACACCCAUAAUAAGUACAGUAACGAGGGUGUUGUAUCAAUGAAGUAAUCUUAGGGGAAAUGAUGGACAAAAAUGUAUAGUUUUUGGGAGUGCAAAUCUGAGUUGUUUGGCAGAUUAGUCUGGUCUUUUGACCCCUUUUAUUUGCAACUCCAUUUGUAAUGAAUGAUAUUGAUAUGUGUUGUUUUUUGGUA